ACAAACCAGAGAGAGGCUGCGAUACAACACAGGCAGAGGUGGAGGAGAGGAGAGAUAUAUGGAGAAUAUAAUAAUAUUAUAUAUAGCCUUUAAAUUGAAUAUAAAAACUCUUACAAAAGCUAAAAUUGCUUCUUUAUUCUGCAGUUACAAUCAUUUUAUACCAUCUCAUUGAUUUACUGAAGGCUUGUGAAGUGCUGUGAAUAUAAAACCUCCAUUUUCCAGGACAGUGACGCUCAGUUCUUCACACAGUUGCUGUUUAGGGAAGAGGAAGAAGAACAGUUGGGAUGAUGAGUGGAAAAGUGUCAGACACCCUGAAGCUUCAGUCAGAUCAGCAGCAGCUUCUGCAGUUGUUGCUUUUUAUGUGAAGAUGUUCAGUUUUAUGAUCUUCUGUCAGGUUUGGUUCCUGCACACAGUUCUGAUCAGCUGCAGUGAAAACUCCAAAGCAGCGAUCCGGGUUUCAGUCCCGGAGGACCACCACAUCCGCCUGCGGUGUCCCGGCGCCGACAGCUCUGAUGUGGUCUGGACUCACCGGGACAGGAGCGUCCACGAGACCAACGAGGACACCCAACGCUACCUCCUGCUGCCCGACGGCAGCCUCCAGCUCCUGCAGCUCGAUGAGUCCGACAGCGGAGAGUAUCACUGCAACCAGCAGCUGGUGGCCGAGCUGCAGGUGCUCACAGGUCGUGACUUCAGGUGUCUGCAGGCCGGACGCUGCUGCUCCCCUGCAGCAGCUCCUCAAACACAGACAGAGGUGGUUCUACCGGAGGAGGGAGAGGGAGAAGUGGGAGCUCAUCUUCACCGUGUUCAGAAACGGUACAGUGAAACCGGAGAGGGGGGGGGGCGGCUCAGCUACCACAGCGAAGUUGCAGAUCCAGGACCUGCAGCCAGAGGACGCUGGAGAGUAUCAGUGCAAGGUGAAGCUGGUGAGCAAAGUCACCAGGCUGACAGUGCAGCCGGAGCCAACCAGCACCGAGCAAACCGCCUGGACAACAACAACAACAACAAUAACAACAACAACAACAGCUGCUGUGACGAAAACAGAUGAGGCUGAAAGAAAGAAGGAGAAGAAACAGAGACCUGAGAACGGUCGGUCGCUCUCACCCGCUGUCUCACACUUACACAUACAUACUACAGAUGUUGACGAGUGUUUGUUGACCAGAUGUUCUGUCCGCGGUCUCUCAGCUCUGCUCAUAGUUGCUGUCACCGGGUUGGGGUUGAUGGUCCUGCUGCUGGUCGCUGUCUGUGUUUUACUGACCGGCAUGAAGUGCAGGAGGAGGAGGAAGAGACACAGACGCACAGCUUCACAGAGGCAGGAAGACACCGAGCUGCAGCCGUGGAAGACGUCCAGCAGACAGACCGACUGCGAGGUCUACGAGAGUCCGUCUCUGCCAGAAGAGACGAUCCACUACGCCUCUCUGGGCCGGCAGAACUGGAAGGAGAGACCCAGCAGGACUCCGCCGGACGAGAACCACCACAACGUCAUCUACUCGUCUGUCGUCACCAGACCAAAUAGACUCCAGCAGAAACUCUGAUGAGAGCUGCUGUUCAUGUUAAUGCACGUUCCUAAAAUAAACAUACUGUUCAUG